UCGACGGCGAACUCCACAGAAGGAAAGGUGGGUUUGCACAGUGCACUUUAUCGAUAUCGUUGAAUAUGUUUGAAAAUAUGAUUAGAGUAAGAUAACCUAUUCUAUAAAGGCCACAUAUUUGUUUAUAAAGUUUGUUAACAUUUUAGAUUUGUUUGUUUAAACUUUAGAAUGUAUAGCACAUUAAAAGAUUGUCACUUGACUUUUAGGUUUGAAGGGCGCUAAAGUUGUAAUUCAGUCCCCUAAAUAGCUUAAGCUAUGUUAACAGCUAGCUUUUAAAGAAUAAAAGAAACAUAUAUUAUAACAAUAAUGGUGUUUUAUUAUGCAAAUGAUUUGCUAACUACUAUGUAUGUAUGUAUUCAAGACAGACUUUGUUAAAUAAACUGGUAUUCCAGAUGGAGAGCUUUGUGAAAUACUUUAAGAAGACUAAAGAGAGAGAAAGAGAUGAGGGACUGGCAUUAGCCAACAACAGUUCAGAGGAAAACGGGCAGAGGCAGCAGAGGAGACAAGCAGAGGAGACAAUGAGGGAAGAUGAAGAUGAGACACAAGUGCAGGUAACUUGGCUAGUUCACAAUAUCAUACCCCAAAGGUUUCACAGGUAGCCAAGGCUGCUAGCGAGCUGUAUUUAUUGUAUUUAUUGUAACAUUUGCUAGCAAAUAACUACACAAUUGUAGAUUGCUGUUUUACACAUUUGGAUUCCAUUAUGCUUGUUAUUUGUUAUGAUUUGUAACAUGUUAAGUCAGUGUCUACACUUGUGUUCAAUAAACUAAUUCAAUAUCUAAAUCUCUUCCUCAUAGACCAUAGAGAGAGAGUGUGAGGCGCUGUGUGCAUCAAAACAAAGGAAGAACGCAGGGGCAGCCUCAUAUGGCUCCAAGUUUCAUUCCCAGUGGACCAUUCAUCACGCCUGGGACUACACCUUUUCAUUUUUGGUGUUCCAUAUGCAACAAAAGAUGCACAUGCAGGAAUGAAUUAGAAUGCAGACACCUGAGAGCUGAUGUGAUUCGCCAUAUUAUCAGGGAAUCACACUUGAAAAAACAAAAGAUGGUUGAGAGCUCUUCAAAAAUGAAUAUGUUCAUACAAGGAACGCAAAGCACUGAGAUGGGUCAGCUGGAAACACAGACCAGAAGAGCCGAAGUGAAGGUGGCCAUGACAAUGGUGCAGCACAACAUCCCAUUGGCUUUUUCGGAUCACCUGAGUCCGCUGUUCAAGGAGUGUUUCCCUGAUUCCAAGAUAGCCCAAAAGUAUUCCUCAGCCAGGACAAAAACAACAGCCAUCAUAAACAAGUGUGUAGCCCCCUAUUUGAUGGAUGAGCUUGUGAAAAAUCGAUGUGAUCAUCCCUUCUCUUUGGCCACUGAUGGGUCCAAUGAUACUGGCAGAGAGAAGUUGAAUCCACUGACUGUCAACAUUUGGAGUUCACAAGGUGUGAUUCAACGAUUUCUUGACAUGGGUCUGACAUCAGGAACCAGCUGUGGCACUGCUGAGGCCAUAUUCAACUAAAUGAAUGAGGUGCUGGAAGGCCACAGUAUCCCAUGGGCCAACUGCGUGGCCCUUGCAGUUGGCAAUGCUAGUGUCAAUCUGGGAGCCAGGAAUUCGAUUAAGAGCAGGGUCCUGGACCAAAAUCCAUCUACAUUACAUUACAUUACAUUUAGCUGACGCUUUUAUCCAAAGCGACUUACAAUAAGUACAUUCGACCAGGAAGACACAACCUUGAAGAAAACAGAAUCAUAAAGUAC